UACUAGUACACUGACUGAUACGAAAUGAGUCGUGCCGACGCUCCGUUUUCGUACUGCUUCAACGUUUUGACUGAAGCCGUAACAACGUACGUAGGCAAGGGAGGGGCGUGUCUACAAAAAAAUGGGCGUGUGCUUGCAACGCUCAGAAAUCUAUACGGGCCCGUUCGAGAACUUUGAUAUCAUUCUCAGUUUGAACACGAACCUGUAAACAUGUCUGGUCGAGGCAAAGGCGGUAAAGUCAAGGGAAAGGCUAAGUCACGGUCUAACCGUGCCGGUCUUCAGUUUCCAGUCGGUCGUAUUCAUCGUUUGCUACGCAAAGGCAACUAUGCCGAGCGUGUCGGCGCUGGUGCACCCGUCUACCUCGCUGCAGUCAUGGAAUAUCUGGCCGCCGAAGUUCUCGAGUUAGCCGGCAAUGCGGCUCGCGACAACAAGAAGACCAGAAUAAUUCCGCGUCAUUUGCAACUGGCCAUCCGCAAUGACGAGGAACUCAACAAACUGUUAUCGGGUGUUACGAUUGCUCAGGGCGGUGUAUUGCCGAACAUACAAGCUGUGCUUUUGCCAAAGAAGACAGAAAAGAAAGCUUAAAUUUCUUUUAUUGUCGCAAAUUGACAUAAAACCGUC